UUUUUUUUUACCUUCAUACAUGCCUGGUACACCAAAGAAAGGGGCACGUAAGCCUCCAACGGCGGUCCUACGAAAGGAAAAACGCCUUUCAGAAAAACAGGAGCUAGAGCAACUGGAACAACGCUGCAAGCAUCCUAUCAUUGGAGCAGACUCUAUGCAACAGUUCGAUGAACUUCCCAUUUCUCAAAAGACACUUUUGGGAUUGAAACGAGCCAACUUUAUCAAAAUGACCGAUAUUCAGCGUAAAGCUCUUCCUCUGGGACUUUGUGGCAAAGACAUCUUGGGAGCCGCAAAGACAGGAAGUGGAAAGACUUUGGCUUUCCUUGUCCCUUUGGUCGAAAUGCUUUAUCGUCAAAAAUGGGGACCCAUGGAUGGAUUAGGAGCCCUCGUCAUCUCACCCACUCGUGAGUUAGCAGUUCAGAUUUUUGAGGUCCUUCGCAAAGUCGGUCGUGAGCACUCUUUCUCUGCAGGAUUGAUUAUCGGAGGCAAAGAUUGGAAGAUUGAACGGGAAUUGAUCUCAAAAAUGAAUAUCCUGGUCUGCACACCAGGUCGUCUUUUACAACAUAUGGAUCAAUCUGCUGGAUUUGAUUGUGAUCACCUGCAACUGUUGGUGCUGGAUGAAGCGGACAGGAUCUUGGAUAUGGGAUUUAAGAAAACCGUGAAUGCCAUUGUGGAGAAUUUACCUCGUCAACGUCAGACAAUGCUUUUCUCUGCGACACAAACUAAAUCCGUCAAGGACUUGGCAAGAUUGAGUUUAAAGGAUCCAGAAUAUGUAGCAGUCCACGAGAAGGCUGAGCAUUCCACACCAAAGAACCUCUCUCAAUACUACAUGGUGGUCCCAUUGGAUAAGAAACUGGAUGUCAUGUUCAACUUUAUCAAAACACACUUGACAGCUAAAGCCAUUGUGUUUUUAUCAAGUUGUAAACAAGUGCGCUUUGUUUUUGAAACGUUCUGUAAAAUGCAUCCAGGUGUUCCACUUCUACAUCUCCAUGGGAAACAAAAGCAACAAAAGAGAGCUGAAACAUACGCCAAAUUUGCAGCUCAAAAGGCCUCCUACUUGUUCUGCACAGAUAUUGCAGCCCGUGGAUUGGACUUUGCCGCAGUCAAUUGGGUUAUUCAGCUAGACUGUCCUGAGGACCCAGAGACAUACAUUCAUCGUGUUGGAAGAACAGCUCGUUAUGAGGCAAGUGGACAAGCCAUGCUGAUGCUCUGCCCUAGCGAAGAGGCUGGAAUGAUCAAAGGACUUGAGCAGGCAAAGGUUCCAAUUCAGGAAGUCAAACUGAAAACAGAUGCCAAGGACGUCAAGAAGGAGCCGAUUCAAAAGCAAUUGCAGCGGCUGUGUUUCAACGAUCCUGAAAUCAAAUAUUUGGGUCAAAAAGCAUUCAUCUCAUAUAUGCGAUCUGUAUACUUACAAAAGGACAAGACUGUCUUCGAUGUCAACGCAUUGCCUGCUGAAGAAUUUGCAGCGUCAUUAGGUCUUCCAGGUGCACCAAAGAUCAAAUUUGUUGCUAAAUCCAAAGCCAAGAAUGCUGUCAGAGGCAGUCAAAAGAAGACGGAUGGUGAAGAUGAAGCAAGUGAUGAGGAUACUGAAGAAGAGGAGGGGGAAGAAGAAGAGAAGAGUAAGGUCAAGACACUGGAUGCGAAAAAGAAGAAGAGCAAAAAGGAACCCGUACCUGAGGAGGAGAGUGUAUCAACAGAGUCAGCAGCCAGUAAGCAACCAAAGUCAAAGAUUGAAAAGAUGUUCAGCCGCAAGAACCAGUCCGUCCUGGCAGAGCAUUAUACCAAACUGGUGGAUCAUGAAAGUGAUACAAAGGGCUCCGGCGCAAGAGGUGUUCAGGAGGAUGAGGACGAAGAUGAAUUUUUGACAAUCAAACGGGUGGAUCAUGAUCUGGAGGGCGACGAAAUCCCCGAAGAUAAACCUCUGCCUAUGUCAAAGAGGCAACAAAAGAUGUCCAAGCUUGAGAGAACUAAGAACCAAGGCAGAGGAAACAAAUUGAUUUUUGAUGAGGAAGGUGGUGCUCAUGAGAUUUAUGAACUUGAGGAUGAGGCAUCAUUCCACGCCAAGGGUAAUGCAUUAGAUCAACAGAAGGCGUUCUUGGAAAAGGAGAAGAAGGUCAUGGAUCAAGCAGAUGCUAUUGAUAAGAGCACUGCAAAGGAGAAGCUGAGAGAAAAGAAACUUCGAAGAAAGCAGCGUGAGCGUGAAGAGAUGAUGGACUACGACUCAGAUGCAGAGGAGAAUGUUGUCACUUUGGGUACACCUGAGGAUUCUGGUGAAGACUAUGAUAUGGGCGACGAUGAUGGUGACAAUAGCGACUACGAAGAAGAUGAAGGCGAGAUGGAAGAGGAACCAGUCAAGAAGCGUGGUUGGUGGCAGGAUAAGGCAGAUGCUGAGGAAGCCAAGAAGAAGAGAAAGGUGGUUGAGGUGGACGAACCUCAGACGUUGGCAGAUCAAGAAGCACUCGCCCUUAAAUUGCUGGGCAUGUAGAAAUGAUCCCCACAAUCUGUCUAUAGAAUUUAUUAUCAUUUUAAUACUAGAGUAACUACAACAGCAUCCUCAUCAUCACUAUCUGCAUUGACAUUAUCAAUUCCUCUACACCCAUCGUAUCGCGACUAUUCUCUUUCUGGCAUAUCACUCUUUAAAUAUAAAAAAUAAAGAAAGCAUUC